UCAAGGAACUCUGGGAAUCCUCCCUGCGCCAACAUGGAAGACGGCGGGGAGCAGUUUCACAACCACUUUUGUGGUGGGCGGAGCUUGGCUUUUUAGAUCGCUCAGUAGAGCUGAACGGAAGACAUUGAUCAGGAGAAGAAAAAACGAAACCAUAGAAGUGGAAGUGGAGUGAAGUAAAGCCCGACGUGACGAGACCCUUUUGGAAUUUUCCCCUACAAUUCAAGAUUCACAAAAGAGGAGAAGCGACGGUGUGCAGCCACGUCCCGGCGGGCACGAAGGUUGUCAAUCGGCGGCUUCUCGGGAUGUGAAGCUCAGCGUAAACCCACCUGGACGCAUAUUAAAGUGGACGUGAGCAGCACGCUGGACUGACUGUAAGGCUGAGGCGAGAAUCGUUUGCUUUCUCACACCGGAGUGUGCCAUCGGGAAAACUGGGAAAGGCGGGGUCGGACUAGUGGUGGUCUCCCACACCGGGAUUACCGAGCUCCCCCUGCGCCGCUUCGUACCCAACGACGCAGCGGAAUUAUAGAGGGGGAGCCGGGGGUGGUCAGGGAGCUUUCACGGACGUUAUCUACCGACGACACCGCCGCCGUCGGGCGCGGACGACGUUUGUCCGUCAUUCCUGUCAACGGUCACCUGGUCGUGGCCCUUUUCUCUCCGUGUUUGGAGUCUAACCCAGUAUUACUUGGGAUUUGCACCUUCCCGGUGAAACUGGGACUAUGGCGGACGACGACAUUCUCUUCGAAGAUGUGUACGAGCUCUGCGAAGUGAUCGGGAAGGGUCCCUUCAGUGUGGUUAGGAGAUGCAUCAACAGAGAGACGGGGCAGCAGUUUGCUGUCAAAAUUGUGGAUGUGGCUCAGUUCACCUCCAGUCCUGGACUCAGCACAGAGGACCUGAAGAGGGAGGCCAGCAUCUGCCACAUGCUCAAACACCCGCACAUUGUGGAACUGCUGGAGACCUACAGCUCCGACGGGAUGCUCUACAUGGUCUUCGAAUUCAUGGACGGAGCAGACCUGUGCUUUGAGAUUGUCAAGAGGGCAGAUGCUGGCUUUGUCUACAGUGAAGCAGUGGCCAGUCACUACAUGAGACAGAUCCUGGAGGCGCUGCGCUACUGCCAUGACAACAACGUCAUCCACAGAGAUGUCAAGCCUCACUGUGUGCUGCUGGCGUCCAAGGAGAAUUCUGCUCCCGUCAAGUUAGGGGGCUUUGGAGUGGCAAUCCAGCUGGGAGAGUCAGGGCUGGUGGCUGGAGGUCGCGUAGGAACGCCCCACUUCAUGGCGCCUGAGGUAGUGAAGAGAGAGCCUUAUGGAAAACCCGUGGACGUGUGGGGCUGCGGCGUCAUUCUCUUCAUCCUCCUGUCAGGGUGUCUGCCCUUCUACGGCACCAAAGAGCGUCUCUUCGAAGCCAUCUGCAAGGGGAAAUACAAAAUGAACCCGCGGCAGUGGAGUCAAAUCUCAGAGAGCGCUAAAGAUCUGGUGAGGCGCAUGCUGAUGCUGGACCCUGCCGAGAGGAUCACCGUUUAUGAGGCCCUCAACCAUCCUUGGCUCAAGGAAAGAGACCGGUACGCCUACAAGAUCCACCUGCCAGAGACCGUGGAGCAGCUGAGAAAGUUCAACGCCAGGAGGAAGUUGAAGGGGGCGGUACUGGCAGCAGUGUCCAGUCACAAGUUUAAUUCUUACUAUGGAGACCCCCCUGAAGAACUCCACGACUUCUCAGAUGACCCCACCUCCUCAGGGCUGCUCGCAGCAGAAAGAGCUGUUUCUCAGGUGUUGGACAGUUUAGAGGAAAUCCAUGCGUUGACUGACUGCAGUGAGAAGGAUCUCGACUUCCUGCACAGUGUUUUCCAGGAUCAACAUUUACACACACUGCUUGACCUCUACGAUAAGAUCAACACCAAGUCGUCCCCACAGAUCAGGAACCCGUCCAGUGACGGCGUGCAGAGAGCCAAAGAGGUGCUGGAAGAGAUCUCCUGCUACCCGGAAAACCACGACGCGAAAGAACUCAGACGGAUACUGACUCAGCCGCAUUUCAUGGCGUUGCUGCAGGCCCACGAUGUGGUGGCUCAUGAGGUCUACAGCGACGAGGCGCUAAGGGUGACGCCGCCGCCCACUUCGCCUUACCUGAAUGGCGACUCGCCCGAAAGCACCAACGGAGACAUGGACCUGGAAAACGUCACCAGAGUGCGCCUGGUGCAGUUUCAGAAGAACACGGACGAGCCCAUGGGCAUCACACUGAAAAUGAACGACUCCAACAACUGCAUUGUGGCUCGGAUCAUGCACGGAGGAAUGAUCCACAGACAAGGCACCUUGCACGUCGGAGAUGAGAUCAGGGAGAUCAAUGGCAUCAGCGUGGCCAACCAGACAGUCGAGCAGCUGCAGAAGAUGCUGAAGGAGAUGCGAGGCAGCAUCACAUUUAAAAUAGUGCCAAGCUACCGGACACAGGGCUCCUCCUGUGAGAAAGAGUCCCCCACCACGUCCAGGCAAUCCCCUGCCAAUGGCCAUUCCAGCAUUAACAGUUCAAUCUUGGACCUGCCAUCCACCAUCCAGCCCAAAGGUCGACAGAUCUACGUGCGCGCUCAGUUCGAGUACGACCCCUCCAAGGACGAGCUGAUCCCCUGCAAGGAGGCCGGCAUUCGCUUCCGCGUGGGCGACAUCAUCCAGAUCAUCUCCAAAGACGACCACAAUUGGUGGCAAGGCAAGCUGGAGAACACCAAGAACGGCACGGCCGGCCUCAUCCCGUCGCCUGAGCUGCAGGAAUGGCGUGUGGCGUGCAUGGCCAUGGAGAAGACCAAGCAGGAGCAACAGGCCAGCUGCACUUGGUUCGGCAAAAAGAAGAAGCAGUACAAAGACAAAUAUUUGGCCAAGCACAAUGCAGAUCUGGUCACCUACGAGGAAGUGGUCAAGCUGCCCGCCUUCAAGAGGAAAACACUUGUUUUGUUAGGUGCUCACGGUGUGGGCAGGAGACACAUCAAGAACACGCUCAUCACCAAGCACCCCGACAGAUUCGCCUAUCCCAUCCCACAUACGACAAGACCUCCGAAGAAGGAUGAGGAGAACGGCAAGAACUACUACUUUGUGUCGCACGAGCAGAUGAUGCAGGACAUCAGCAACAACGAGUACCUGGAGUACGGCAGCCACGAAGACGCCAUGUACGGCACGCGCCUGGAGACCAUUCGCAACAUCCACCAGCAGGGACUGGUCGCCAUCCUGGAUGUUGAGCCGCAGGCACUGAAAGUCCUUCGCACGGCCGAGUUUGCCCCAUACGUGGUUUUCAUCGCUGCACCAACCAUCACGCCAGGCAUCGACGAGGACGAGUCCUUGCAGCGUCUUCAGAAGGAGUCGGAGAUCCUGCAGAAGACGUACGCGCACUAUUUCGACCAGACCAUCAUCAACAACGAGAUCGACGACACCAUCUGCCACCUGGAGGAGGCCGUGGAGCUGGUGUGCAACAGCGGCCAGUGGGUGCCCGUCUCAUGGGUCUACUGAAGUCCAAACCCCCCCGCCUCCGGCGUCAUCGCCAUCGUCGUCUGAGAACCACCUGGCCAUCGUCAUCGUGGUGUUGUACUAUAAAAUGAAUAUUGUCUGUCUGUACCGGCCGGCUAGGAACUUUUUUACUAGAUGUUUCUUUUCAGGAGAUGAGUCCCGUUGUGUCGCCCCGCCCCCACCCCC